CGCGGUUGUUGUGGGUGUGGAACAGGGAAGCACAGAAGCGCGGACAAGAAAGAAAGGUAAUAACAGCUAUAGCCGAGCGCCGUUAAACUUUUACCGCUAGAAUCGUUGGAAUAGAACUCGCCAUGUCCUCCUCCUCGACAUCCAGUCCCACGGACAACAGUUCGCACGGAUCGGUGGCACUGUCCUCAGCCCUUAAUCCGUCUUUGAACCCGGUCUCCGGCACAAAUACCAGCAGCCAGAAGCCUUUUUCCCUUUCCGAGCGUUUGAACUUUGAGAUCUACCGUUACUCCAGCUACUCGCCAAACUAUCUGCCCGAAAACGUCCUGGUGGACUGUCCCAACGACCAAACAUCUAGGUGGUCCGCCUACACCAACAGCCCGCCGCAAUUUCUCACCUUGAAGCUGCGCCGUCCCGCCAUUGUGAAGAAAAUCAAGUUUGGCAAGUUCGAGAAGUCGCAUGUGUGCAACAUCAAGAAAUUCCGUGUUUACGGCGGCUUGGAGGACGAGCACAUGGUAUUGCUGCUGGAGGGUGGCCUGAAAAACGACAACGUACCGGAAGUAUUCAACCUGCGCUGCCUGACCGAAGACGGCGCGGAAAACCUACCAAUACUGUACCUCAAGAUCGUGCCCCUGCUCUCCUGGGGUCCGUCCUUCAAUUUCAGCAUCUGGUACGUGGAACUGCACGGCCAGGACGACCCUAUGUACACCAGUGCUCGCAUGAAAAACUACAACUCGCUGCGCGAGGUGGAGAUCAUCAAGCUGUGUCUUAAGCACUUCCGCCAGCAGGGAUAUUUGAGUGCCUUUGGGGCGCUCCAGGAGCAGACGAAUGUGCAACUGGAGCACCCACUGAUUAGCGAGUUGCAUAAGUGUCUGGUUUUGCAAGGAGACUUUGAGAAAGCUGAACGCUUUAUAGUCGAGUGCAUAGACGAGGGUCUCAUGGAUGAGUAUUUGCAUAAGCAGGACUACAAGCAUAGCUGGCAUAUGAAGCUUACCGAAAGUGACUUGAAGCCUGGCAACCGCGGUGGCCACCAGCUGGUGGUGGAUGCCAAAAAGAGACUUAUUUAUCUCUACGGCGGAUGGGAUGGUUACCAGGACCUAAGCGACCUUUGGGUAUUCAACAUCGAAGAUGAUCAGUGGACGCUACUGUGCGAAAGGUCAGAGCUUUCCAAUGGGCCCACACCGCGAUCCUGCCACAAAAUGGUCUUUGAUCCCAUCAGCGAAAAUGUAUUCAUGCUUGGUCGCUAUCUGGACAACUCGAUUCGAACUUCGGAUUAUAUAAAAAGCGACUUUUACCUCUACGAUACAAGGGCUGGAAACUGGAUGCAAAUAUGCGAUGACACCAGCCAAGUGGGUGGUCCUCAACUUGUCUAUGAUCACCAGAUGUGCAUGGAUACCGAUAAGCGUACAAUUUACGUUUUCGGGGGCAAAAUACUCACGCCUCGCAGUGUCAAUGCCACUGCCGCGAUAGAACCAGAAUAUUCGGGGCUGUUCUCCUAUCACAUAGCAACGAACACCUGGGCUCAGAUUCUGGUGGACUGCCACCAUGCCAGCGCUUCUCUGGCAGAUGUGAUGUCCAUUAAGUCUAGGAUCACUCACUGCAUGGUUUUCCAUAACAAACAUCGAAAACUGUACAUAUAUGGCGGACAACGAGGCAAGGAGGAUCUUGAUGAGUUUCUCAGCUACGAUGUAGACACCCAAGCCAUAUCUGUCCUCAACAAGGAGCAUCCACAUCACGGAACCACCGCUGGCAAUGAAGCCAAAUUCGAACCUUCUUCUGGCUAUACAUUGCGUGCCACCAUUGACUGUGAACGUGAUGAAAUUUAUAUUUUUUCUAGCCUAAGUAAGGUUAAGGAUCGUCGUGAUAUACAGCAUAUUGAUGCAUCAAACUCCUUUUGGGUGUACUCCUUGCGCAGCCACAAGUGGUCAAGGAUAUAUUACUGUCGCCACAGUGGUCAGGAUGCAAACUCCAUUAAUAGCAUGAAUAUUUUGGGCGCCAGCAAGGGGGAUGGAACCUUAGAGCCGUGUCCCCGCUAUGCCCACCAGCUGGUGUAUGAUGAUGUGACUAAUACCCACUAUUUGUUUGGAGGAAAUCCUGGUAUCUGUCAGCAGCAGCAGCUUCGACUUGAUGAUUUUUGGCUUUUAUGCUUGGAAAAGCCCAAAAGAGAGGAGAUCCUGAAGCAUUGUAGGUUUUUGGUGCGUAAAUUACGCUACGAGGAGAUGACGCGUCAGAAUCCAUUAAAGGCAAUGCAAUACUUACGACAUCAUAUAGCCGAUGUCAUUGACCAUAGUGAUGCGGAGCAGUUAAAUAAUUUCCACAAGCUUGCGUCCUUGCUUUUCAAAAACCAUGAUGGUAACCUCGAAAGAGAAUGCACCACACCCGCGUUGUGUGCUGAUGAUCUCGAAACGGAUUCCGAUGUAUCGGCAAAAAUUAAAGAGGAAGUGGCUGAUGGACCCGCUAGCGAGAAUAACUCCCUGGAGUCGAACGAGAGCAUGAUCUCUUCUGGCAUCUCGGAGAAUGUCUCUAGUCCGAGCUCCUCCUCAUGCACCAAAAGGGCGCGGACGGAUUGCACUCCCGAGCUGAAGAAUAAACGAGCUUUCCUGUUCAACAAACUGGUGCAACUGAUGCCACCGAGCAUGGUCCAACCUGAACGCAACCUUAGCGACUUUGUGGUCAUGUGAAUGUCCAAGUGCCAAAACCGAUUCAAUACGAGCCCCCAUCCAAGAUUAUAUUUAGCUUAUUAAGUGUGUGAGAGUUUCGUUUUAAACUGUUGAUCAAUGUGAUGUUUAAUUCGCUUGUUUGCCUAUAUAAGGUUCUACGGUUAAUGCAAGGCAUGACAUAUAUAUGAUUUUAUUGUGAUAGUUCACGUGUACUGAAGCCCCGGCUGGAGACAGCUGGAUUCAUAGUUAGUGCGCUUAGCUGAAUAAGAACAGUAUGUAAACCGUGUUAUACUUAGUGGAUUGUAUAUGUAAGCAUGAAAUAAAAGUUUUUUUAACGUCCAAAAGCAA